ACACCAAUCACAAACCCGGACUCCACCAGUCCUUCUCUGCUAGAGCAGCAAACCAUCAGCCGCUUCUUGAAUUUCUUCGAUUAAACAGAACUCGACGGUCUCCCUGCCUGGGGCUAAUUGGCUAGUUUCACAUCCAGAUUUGCUGAGAAGAAACUAUCGCACGGCCGGAAGUCGAUUCCAUUCUAUCUCCAGACCGCCACACCCUAGCAAUUUCAUUUCCAUAUGUGAUUUACACAGUAAUGGAUUUUUCCCGGUGCUGUUGACUUACUGCGCGCAGAUGGUCAAAAGCGGGCUGCACGAUAGUCAGCACCACCAUGACAUCGCUAUACUCACCCUGCCCCGCGCAAAAGGAAGCCAGUGGUCCAAAAUCGGUUGCUGGCCGCCGUCGAUAAGAAUGUUGGCCUUCGGCAAGCCGGAUCCGCUCAUUCACCGUCCUUGCUGUCGUGUGCGUCGUCUUGUGCCGACCCCACCCCCUGCGCGUGGAUGGACAAGGCAUAUUUCUCCGCUUCGAUCUUUCAUGUGUGUGUUGACUCGAACCGACGAUCCUUACGCGUGACGGUCUCUCGGGUUCUUGCCGAUGAUACUGUGAUUCUGCUCGUCUUCUAGCACGUCUGAUUCUUUGUAGGAGACGUGCGCGCGCGUGGCCAGGACCGUCCCCAACAUCGCGAAGUCUGGCUUGCCUUCUGUUGCCUAGAUGGCAACAGCUGUUCUUCGUACGUUACCGGGAUUUUCUCUUCUGAUAUAUAUCCAGUCCACAUCCCAGGUCGAGUGCGCCGCGCCUUCCCUGAUUUCCGUCUCGGUUGACUAUAUUCUGGUCUCGAGGUGCGUUUGUAGAUGGCGCACUCGCCACGUAAUUGAAAUAGUUGGGCGGCCGGAGUAUGGAUCGUAUAACCGGCGCCCGAAGAAGACGUGAUGCAUCUUUCGCACCUUUAUCCCGGGUGAAUGUACGCAUGCCUGUC